CUUCCAUAUAACAUAUGCAAUAAACUCAUAUAGUAAUUUUUAUUUACUUUUUUCCAUUAAUGGAUAAUAACAAUUUAUUAAAUGGAGUGGAGACAUCGACGCUAAAUACCACGCUCCUCCGGUUUUAAUCACCUGCUACGCGGCGCACGUACACCUCAUACUCCCCCAGCUUACAUAUAUUGCUAAAUUCGUCCCUCUAUUUCUAAUUUCUUCAUUCAUUUCCCAUUUCCUCCAAACUUCACUUUCUCUCUCUACAAAACUCAUUUCAUCUUCUCUCUCUCUAGAUUCUCCUUCUGGUUCAGUUAUCAUGGCUUUUCCGCAAGAAUUCGAUGCCCGUUCCACACAUUCCGUAUCCGAGGGAAAUCACUCGCAUAAACAGAAAUGGAAUUCCAUGUCACAAUCUGCUACAGUUCUUGAAAAUCUAAACGGAUGCUUCGAUUGCAACAUUUGUCUAGACUCGUGCCACGAGCCUGUGGUAACACUUUGCGGCCACUUAUACUGUUGGCCGUGCAUCUACAAAUGGAUCGAUGUUGAAAGCUCCUCGUUCGAAUCCGAAGAGCAACCUAGAUGCCCUGUCUGUAAAGCUUACAUCUCCAAUUCCUCACUCGUUCCUCUCUACGGUCGAGGUAGAUCACAAUCUCUGUCUGAAAUCAAGAAACCCCCAUUGGAUUUGAUCAUUCCUCCUAGACCGUCGGCGCUUGGUCUGAACGCCCUUCUCGCCUCUGCUGCAACAUCUAUUUCAUCCAAUUCUAAUCAGCAAAAUAAUCGAAGCCCGUUUCAGCCCGAAAAUCAACUCACUAAUUAUAAUUCGAUUACACCACCAAUGAUUGGAAGCCCUACAACAACCAGUUUCGUCAGCCCGACAAUUAACAUGGUCGGCGAAAUAGUGUUUGCUGGAAUGUUUGGCGAGGCAAAUAUGUUUCCUUAUCGGUAUACGAAUUCUUACCAAUUUUCGGGAAAUGCUAGCCCGAGAUCGAGAAUGCAAGAAAUCGAGGCGGAGAUAUCGCUGAACAGAGUAUCCAUCUUUCUCUUCUGGUGCAUUGCUCUUUGCCUUGUCCUGUUUUAACCUUUUUUUGUUCCCGUUUCGUUGUUGUAUAGCUGUGUCGUGUUGGAAAACAGUCGACCGUGGAGUGUAUGUGUGUGUGUAUAUAUACAUAUAUAUGUAGUUUUCGAUAAAGUGAUUUUAUUGUGAAACAAUGUAUUCUGAAGGGAUGAGGUUUUCCUCAAAUGACAUUCUUGAUUGCGAAACACUUGUUGGAACGAUUUUUCGUUUUGUUCCGUGUGUAUCUUCGAUAUGACGGGGGAAUUGGUCUCGGAAUUAUUUAUUGCAAUAAUAUUUCUACUUUUACUUUGUUGAACUA